UAAAAUAUUAGAGGCAAAAUCAGAGGUGUACGGAGUCCUCAACUUGUGACUGCCAUUUAUGGCCCAUGUCACAGGUGGUAACGAGCGCGGCUGUCUGGCUUUCCAUAUAGAUGCAAUUUUGCAUGAGAUGUCAGGUCUGUACGCAGUCAUGGAUAGUAUCAAAAAUCUUCGCCUGAAGCUCGUUGAACAGAAGGACAAAAUUGUCCAGUCCAUGACUCUGCACAAGAGACUUGUGUCAGCUGUCUGGCGCCUGCCACCUGAAAUCUUAUCCCACAUUUUCAUGUAUUGUCUCCCAGAAGAACAAUACUUGUCGCCUGCGCCACGGCUGGCCCCCAUGCUGCUGACAAGAAUAUGCAGACGAUGGAGGGAUGUUGCUGUGGCCACGCCUGGUUUAUGGUGCAGACUGUUUGUGGACGUCGACUACAGUGACUGGCAGCCAACAGCCUUCGGUUGUAAUUCGUGGCUCAAGAGAUCACGACAAUAUCCUCUCUCAUUAGCAGUCAAGUUCCUUGCAGAUGGUAUCGCCAACCAACGGAUCCUUCUUCAGCCCUACCUGAAUCAAAUAUCGUCUCUCUUUGCAUAUUUUCCCUUGUAUUGCACCGACACUCCAUUUAUGUUAACAGAACUCGUGGCACUUCAGGAGCUGGUCAUACAUAAUCUUGAUUAUAAUCCAGCUCUUCUUAAUUUCGAGCAGCUGUCUUUUUUAAAUCCCACAUGGCCCCACCUAACAAAUGUCCAUGCCAGAAUACUUAAAGAGAGUCAAGUCCUUUUGUUGCUCCGCCUAUGUCCCAACCUCUCCUCAUUAACGACUCGCAUGAGACCCGGACGGCAGGCAUUAGUGGCGUACACGCACACCAAACUUCAAUCCUUUCGCAUCACCGCUCCACGCACACCCGAUCGCUGUCUACCUCGCCUGAUGAACGCUCUUCUACUCCCCGAUUUGCGGGUGCUCGAGGCUAUCAAUAUAACACCGUGGCCUCACAAGGAGUUCAAGGCAUUUUUGGCACGCUCAAGGUGUCCCCUGGAGACCCUGAUUUUGGGGGCCGGAGUGACUAUAAAAAAUGACCAGCGAGCGGAAUACACUGCCCUCAUUCCUUCCCUGGAAUAUAUCAAAUAUUCUUCAUACCAUCUAGUAUAGUACGAAGUUUGUGCCCUAUAGCGCACACAUGAGUUGGUGUUGUUGCUGUGGAGUGAAGCAGGAGAUGUUUUAGAGGCGUUGUUAAGAAGCGGCGUAGAUGCCCGCCUGUAAAGGGCAGGGACGACCAACCGGACCAGAGCCUCUGCGCCAUGUAGUGAUAUCCUGUUCACGUGACAGGGAACAACAGGCCCGAUGAC